AUGUCAACAACAACAACCGUGACGUUUGUGACGCCAAAGGCGCCCGCGCCACCGGGUCAGCCCGAUAUCUCGUAUGCUCCGGACUACGAUAAGUGGCAGGCCCGAGCAGCUCGUCGGCUGAAAGAGGGGAACUUGCCGACUGCCGUACCGGAAGGUUUCCCGGCGCAAUUGAAGGGUGAUUUAGUCUGGGAAGGUGAAAAUGUGGCGGACACUUAUGACUGGACCUACGUUCUCAAUGACGAACAGCUUAAUGAGAUAGAACAGGCUGUGACUUACUUUAAAGGAUUGGGUUUGUCACUGGGCCAUCUCACUGUAGAGACGUUCCCGCUGCCGAACCUCCACACGGAAUUACGCCGGUUAUCUGCAGAAUUGCACAACGGGCACGGUUUCUUCGUGAUUCGAGGCCUACGAGUCGAUGACCACUCUCGGGAAGAAAAUGUCAUCAUCUAUGCGGGCAUAUCCGCGCACAUUGCUGCUCAGCGCGGCCGACAGGACCACAAGUAUAAUGGUCAGACAGCUGAUGUGGUCCUUAGCCACAUUAAAGAUUUGACCUGGUCGCAGAACAAUGGAUCCAUUGGCAGUCCGGCCUAUACCACUGAUAAACAGGUCUUCCACACGGAUUCAGGAGAUAUUGUAUCUUUGUUUGCCCUCGAAACAUCGGCAGCGGGUGGUGCUAGCAAAUUGGCGAGUACAUGGCGGGUAUAUAACGAAAUUGCUGCUACUCGUCCGGACCUUAUCCAUACCUUGUCUCAAAGUUGGGAUAUGGAAGUAUUUGAGAAAGCCGACAAGCAGUACGUGGAAAGACCGCUACUGUAUCACUUCCCUGCGACGGAUUCAUCCCCGGAGCGGGUGGCCCUACAAUAUGGCCGACGGUACUUCGUCGGCUUCGGUGCCCUCCCACGCAGAUCUAACAUCCCGCCUAUCUCAGAGGCUCAGGCUGAAGCUCUUGAUACAAUCCAUUUCCUAGCCGCCACCUUUUACGUUUAUGGCUGCGGGACCCUGAAAAUGCUUGGCCAACCCCUGAAGCUUGGAGGUACCGUUGGGCACAACUUUACGAAGGCGUUACACCAGAGGGACAGGUAUUUCCUCUUGAACCGUUUAUUCGUAGUGCUGGAAAUAAGGGGAGAUAAGGUUGACCGCGUGUGCGUGAUCUAUGUCUACACCAAAAUGCUAGAAAAGCUGCAUAUCCAUCGCUAUGUUGAAAAGGAAACCUCUCGUCAAGUGGGGAAUUCCGACCCUGUACCUAAAGCCAAAGACGCCGAAACCCAUUAUUAA